AAUUUUCAUAUUUAUACAGAUAUUCUCUCUACCUACAUCUCCUUCCCACAUGUGUUGCUUGAUUUUGUAGGAUGGAGCAGGCUCUGAACAAAACAUGGGAGCUCAUGGGAAGGGUUCGCUGAGCCGAGUCAGUGUGUUGAACAAAGAACGGGAUUUCAUUGUAGUGGGUUCCGUGAGUCCAGCUUCAUGGGUUGGCCUUAUUGGUCCUUGGAAGUAGUUUCAGAAAACAAAAAUGAUUGAAACAGGUUGGGUUGGGUCUUUAGUUCUCUCUCCUCCUCUCACCAUGCCCAGUUGCUCAGAGAAGAACAAGCAUCUCUGGAGGGAAACCCUAGCUUCCUCCACCGCGACCGCCGCCGUUGGACUUCUGACGCCGGAGAUAUUCUUCUGUUCGUCCUGCUCCACGCCCGCACCUCAAUCGCCGGUCGCGAGCUUCGUUGGGAUAGUUUUCGAGUCGUCGCGGCCUAUAACCCCUCAUCUUGCUCAAUCGGUCUUUUUCCACCAUCCCUCAUCGUGCUCAUCGUCUGCCAUGCUUGUGACGAGAAGACAAGUUUUCUUGCCUCACUAUGAAGGGAGGAAGGAGAAGGCUAAAAUAAAUCAUGUUGCUUGUUAAUAUCUAAAAUUAUCUAUUCUGAUAAUGGUUUGCAGUUUGUUUCUAAAAUCCUUUAUUUGUUCUGAUAAUGCUUGUUAAUCAUGUUAUUUGUUAAUAUCUAAAAUCAUGUCAGUCAAGAGAUCGUGCUCUGCCUUAAACAAUUCCAACAGAGCAUUUCAGCUCCUUUCAAAGUCUGAUGUGAUACUACAGAAGUGAGCAUUUUUUUUCUUCUUUUCUUUUGCCAAUAGGUGCUAGCGUUUUGUUUGUAUCUUUGAUAUUAUUGAUUAUUUUUGUACUGGGAGACUUGUUUUAACAUAUAGGAUAUCCAAGAUAUAUUUAGUUAUAGUUAUUUAUCAAGAGUGU